CUGUUGAUCUUGCAUGAAAGCUUUGCAUGUACCCCCCUGAUAUAAAUCCUGAUAAUAAAAUUCCUGGCAGUGCAAUGUGACAGCUGCCAGAGGUCAUUUGAGGGCAUUAAUCAGCAUCUUAAAGGAUGGGGUACUGUUUCCGGUGCAUGCAUGUGUGUGCUGGUUGUGCACGCAGGUGCGGAAGGACGUGCACACGCAUGAUGUGUGAUGUGUGAUGUCUGAGAGAGCGUUUGUGUGUGUGCGUUUAUAGCCUAUGUGUGUGUGACUGUGUGUGUGGGGGUGUGUAAGUGUGUGUGUGUGUGUGUGCCUCGACCAGCCCCCCUCUCUCUUUGUCCCUCCUCAACAGUGAAACCCAGGCGCGCGCCAUCAAUCUCCCCGCGCAUCCCGCUUCCCACAACAACCUUCACUUCACUUUCACAUCCGCAUCACCCUCGAUCACGGACCAAGUUGCCGCCGCAAGAGAUCCAUGUUUCGCCUCCCUGAGAUGCGACACCACCCCACCGUUUACCGGAGAAUAUCGUCCGUCCGCUGAGCGAGAGCAUGCCCGACACGGGGGCGGCGGGCUCCGCGACCGACGGCGCCGCCGAGGGCUCGCGGCACCGACACCGGUCGCAGGGGGAGGGAGAGAAGCACGAGUCGCACGCCGGCCCGCCACCCAGCACGUCUGGGGUCCUGGACAAGCUGUUUGGGAAGCGUCUGCUCCAGGCCGGGCGACACAUCAUGUCCCACAAGUCCUGGAUGAAGUCGGUGCCCACGGAGAACUGCGACCUGCUCAUGACGUUCGCAGACUCCACGGACGACCACACGUUGCUAUGGCUACUGAACCACAUCCGGCUGGGCAUCCCCGAGCUCAUCAUCCAGAUCCGGCAUCACAAACAGACCAGCGUGUACGCCUUCUUCGUCACCGCGACCUACGAGAACCUGCUGCGGGGGGCGGAGGACCUGGGUCUGAGGAAGGCCAUCAAGCCGGAGUACGGGGGCGGAGCCCGGAGCUUCUCCUGCGAGGAGGACUACACCUACGAGAACAUCGAGAGCGAGCUCUGCUUCUUCACCUCACAGGAGCGACAGAGCAUCAUCAAGCACUGGCUGGACAACCUACGUGCCAAGCAAGGCGAGGUGCUCCACAACAUCAACUUCCUGGAGGGCCAGCCAAUCAUCCCUGAGCUGCGUGCGCGGGGGGUGAUCCGCCAACUGUUCCCGCUCCACGAGCAGCGGAUCCUCAGCCAGCUGAUGAAGUCCUGGGUGCAGGCGGUGUGUGAGAAGCAGCCGCUGGAUGACAUCUGCGACUACUUCGGGGUGAAGGUGGCCAUGUACUUCGCCUGGCUGGGGUUCUACACCACCUCCAUGCUGUACCCCGCCGUCAUCGGCUUUGUGCUGUGGAUGCUCACCGAGUCAGACCAGACGAGCCGGGACAUCUGCUCGGUGGUGUUUGCGCUGUUCAACGUGGUGUGGGCCACGCUGUUCCUGGAGCGCUGGAAGAGGAGGGGCUCGGAGCUGGCCUACAAGUGGGGGACGCUGGACAGCCCGGCCGAGUGCCUGGAGGAGCCCCGGCCGCAGUUCAGGGGGGUGAAGCGCUGCAGCCCCGUCACCGGCUGUGAGGAGUACUUCUACCCCCCGUGGCGGCGGUUGUUGUUCAGGUGGCUGGUCAGCCUGCCCGUCUGCCUGCUCUGCCUCUGCGUCGUCUUCCUGGCCAUGCUGGUCUGCUUCGAGCUGCAGGAGUUUGUGAUGGGGAUCAAAGAGAUGCCAAGGCUAGCCCGCUUCAUCCCCAAGAUCAUGCUGGCCAUCACUGUGAGCGCGUGUGACGAAGUGUACAGGAAGAUAGCCUUCUGGCUCAACGACAUGGAAAACUACAGACUCCAGAGUGCCUAUGAGAAACAUCUCAUCAUCAAAAUGGUUCUUUUUCAGUUUGUAAAUUCUUAUCUUAGCCUUUUCUACAUCGGGUUCUACCUCAAAGACAUGGAGCGUCUGAAAGAGAUGCUGGCCACCCUUCUCAUCAUCCGCCAGUUCCUCCAGAACGUGAAGGAGGUGCUGCAGCCUUACUUGUACGAGCGCCAGAAGCUGUACGACCUCACCCCCCGGGCCCUGUGGGAGCUCUUCUCCUCAGCGCUGCUCAAGUACGCCCGGCUGGCCGCAGGAAAGCCCCAGGCUUCUCCCAGCGACCAGGCCGCACUGGGCCCGGGCCUCAGAGGACAGAGAGCGGGCCAGGGACAAGCAGAAAGAAGGGAGAAGAAGUGUCUGAACGGGGGCUGCGGGGUCCCGGACGAGGAGGAGGGGGGCGCGGACCGGGACGAGGCGGACAGCGGGCGCUUCAGCGAGGGGGAGACGGAGGAGGAGAGCCUGAUGGACUGCGGGCUGAAGCUCAGGAAGGUCAGCUUCAUCGAGAAGGUGGAGCGGCGGGCCUGCAGCGGCCCCCCCAUGGACGACAGCUUCCUGGAGGAGGGCAGCCCCACCAUGGUGGAGCAGGGCACGGCCUCCGUCUUCCAGAUGUGCGACGACGACGACGACAACGGCGUCCACGACAUCAAGGAGCCGCACCACGCCGGGGGGGGCGGGGCCACGCCGGGGGGGGCGGAGCACGGCGGGGCGCGGCAGAGGAAGCAGGGGCGGGGGGGCCCGGAGAGGGCGGAGCCGAGGGCCAAGCGGGAGUCGUGGAUCGACCCCCCGGAGGAGCGGGAGAACAAGACGCUGACGCAGGCGGAGGUGGAGAGCUGCAUGCAGACCUACGAGGACACGUUCGGGGACUACCAGGAGAUGUUCGUCCAGUUCGGCUACGUGGUGCUGUUCUCCUCGGCCUUCCCGCUGGCCGCUCUGUGCGCGCUCAUCAACAACAUCAUCGAGAUCCGCAGCGACGCCUUCAAGCUCUGCAGCGGCCUGCAGCGGCCCUUCGGCCAGAGGGUGGAGUGCAUCGGCCAAUGGCAGACGGCCAUGGAGGCCAUGGGUCUGAUCGCCAUCAUCGUCAACUGUUACCUGAUUGGACAGUGCGGCCAGCUCCAGCGUCUCUUCCCCUGGCUCAGCCCCGAGAUGGCCAUCAUCUCCAUCGUCAUCCUGGAGCACUUUGCGGUCCUGCUGAAGUACAUCAUCCACGUGUCCAUCCCUGAUAUUCCCAACUGGGUGGAGGAGGAGAUGGCCAAGCUGGAGUACCAGCGCAGAGAGGCCUUCAAGAAGCACGAGCGGCAGGCGCAGCAGCACUACCAGCAGCUGCAGCGGCGCAAGCGCGAGGAGGAGGAGCGGCAGCGGCAGGCGGAGCACGCUGCCCGCCGCGAGAGGGAGCGCGGCGAGGGCAAGGGGGGGGACGCCGCCUCCGGGGGCGGCGGCGGCGGCGGCGGCGGGGGGGACCACCACCACGACAAGUCCCACGGCAGCAAGUCCCGCUCCUCCGGCGGGGGCGGGGCCAGUGGAGGCGGCGGGAGCGGCGACAAGCCCAAGCGGCCCAGCUCGCUGCUGGCCAACAACAACGUGAUGAAGCUCAAGCAGAUCAUGCCGCUGCAGGGCAAGUUCUCGUCGGGCGCCGGUGCCCGCUCGCCCCAGUCGCCCACGGGCGCCGAGCCCAAGCUGCCGGGCUUCCUGAGCUUCAAGUUCCUCAAGUCGCCCGAGAACAGGAAGGAGGCCGCCGCCGCCGCCACGACGUCUUUCUCGUCGUCGUCGUCCUCUUCCUCGGUGUCCGGGAGCGGCUCCCAGGAGCGCUCCCAGUCGCCCAGCAAGGCCUUCAACCCCGGAAAACUCUUUAACUUCGGGAAGACGGAGGGCGGGGCCUGUGUGAACGGAGGCUCCUCCUCCGACGGCGGCGGCGGCGGCGGCCGGCUGCCGACCCGGGCGGACUUGAACGGCGUGCCGGACGAGAUCCCGGCGCCGGGGUGCAACGGGGGGCCGGAGAACGGCCACCCCUCCUCCGACCCGGACCACAAAGCCUAGGAGGGACCCGAGGUCCGGGUCCCGAGGUCCGGGUCCCGAGGUCCGGGUCCCGAGGUCCGGGACCCGUCCGCGUCGGAGCAGCGAGGCGCUUACUGUGAAAAGGGGGAGGAGCCACGCGACCCCCGCGCCGGAACAGGGGCGUGUCCGCGCCCGGGCAGCAGAACCACGACGAGGAGGGAGGGGGCGAGGAGGGAGGGGGCUAGGAGGGAGGGGGCUAGGAGGGAAGGGGACGAGGAGGUGGGGGACAAGGAGGAGGGGAAGGGGAGGAAAGACGGUUCGGCUGCGGUGGAAUGCUUUUAUUUUCCUUUUUUUUUGGCUGAUGGACAAAAACACACACGAGUCGUCCCGGGAAAAAGACAUAAGCCCUGCUGUCAUGCCCCCAAACGCACACGAGGAACACACACGCAUGCACGCACUCACGCGACACACAUGCACGCACAUACACACACACACACACACACAGAGAGACACACACGCACAUAGACACACUCACAUAGACACACACGUCUGCAAUACAUAAAGAAAUGCAUGAGCUGCGUUUCGGAUCUUUUGAAGCCUUUAAAGCGCCGAGAGCUGUACUUCUUGGUUUUCUGGGGGUCAAACAUGUUAAGUGUCUCCGUGGCCCUGCCACUAGAAUACGACCAGACUGAAGGGAGAACAGGAAGGGAACGCAGGUUAAAUCAGCUAACACUGAGCACUGCUAGCUCAAAUUAAACCGAUUAUAAUUAGAUAAUAUCAGUCUCAUUUUUAACUUUGAGGGAAUCCUGGACCCUUCACUUUUAUACUUAAGUGUAAAUUUAGGACAAGCAAUAUCAAUCUGCGUUUUAAUCCCAAACUGUUCUGCAAAAUUUGAUCAAUCAUCACACAAACCCCCAAACCAUAACACGUGGCUUUUUAAGCCACUCUUUAGGAGUUCUAGUUUAUUUUGAAGGUACUAGCUUUCUCAACAGCAUCACAUCCCAGCAUCACAAACCCUCAUUCAUAUCAAGAGGCAAUAUCAGAGUCCUUCUGACGGGGCUGGGAGAGAAACCGCUUCCUAGAGAACUCUGUCGUUUCAAAUCAAUACGCAGAAGGAUGUGGGGGGGGGGGGGGGGGGAAGAUUUCCUCAUCAGGGCCUGUGGGCGUGGCUUUGAGUGAAACCUUCCGAUGAAGGUGUGUGUUUGUUUGUAUGUACGGGGGGGGGGUAACAUUUGCACUAAAUCCAAACACCCUGCUCAGUAGAACCCCAUCUUUCUGCGUGGGGGGGGGGGGGGGGGCUCAUAGCAUUAUGCAAGAGUUUCUUUAAACCGUCAUUACACAGACAAUGCUGUUGUUGACAAAGCAGUUUUUUAUUUUGUUAUUUUAUGAUUGUAGCUCUGAUUUACUUUGAACUACAUUUUUAUACAUACCGUUUCCUGUAUUCCUUGCAAUGUAUGGGGUUACUUUCUCUCUUCUUUUUUUUUUACCAAAACAGUGCUUUUUUUAUAUUUGUUUCAGUAAAGUGAACUAUACAGAAUAAUGUGUUCAUGUCAUUGGAUAUAAAUGCGGUAUAUGAACUAUCAUUUAGUCACUACCUUACCACUAUUUCGGUUCCGUAGUGUCUCCAGCAGGGGGGGCAAUAGAGCUGCAAAUGAAUCGUUGCCCAGCGAAAUGUUUCGUCCAAUCAGUUGAUGGGGUUUAAGAUGCGUAAAACCCCAGCGUCUCUGAAUGAAAUGCAGUGGUGAGGGGACACACACACACAAACACAUACACACAGUCACAGUCACAGACACACACACAAACACAGAGGGGCUGUUGCACUGCAAAGUUUAGCAACGGAAAUGUAAACUAUGCAUCUCCUGACCCUCGCCUCUGACAGACUUCUUUGCAAUAACACGGUUGUUGUGGGGGACUUCACUGUCCUACUCAUGUCUAGGUUAGCGGUCGCGGUCCUGUUUCUCUACGAUGCCUAGUUGCAGUACCUGUAUCGAUGUGUUCCCUCGAUGGUUUCCAUCUGUGUUACUGGUUUGGUCAUCAUUUGAGAAGGCACAGACCUAUGGUUCAAAAGAUGAGGGAAAGCCCUUGACUUAACAUCCAGCUGCAUAAACAUUCACCCAUCUCUCUCCCUCUGUUUCUUAAUGGGGGCUAUGGUGAACACGGAGGCAAUCAACAUGUUCUGCUCCAUUAAACCCCCUUCCUCUAUCAGAUGUUUGUCUCUUCAGCUUUGCAGCCAAACUUUAAUAUCGAAGUUGUCUAACAUCUUUUAACACAGUGAGGCAAAACCAUUUUUCAAUGCAAUAAGGGAAAAAAUGGCUUUCGUUUAUCGUCUUGUUUUUCCACAUUUGAAAGUCAUUGUCAUGAUUGCAUAUUGGGUAGAGCGAGCGCCUCUCCUUUUCCACCUCCCUGUCAUGUAGGACCCAUCUCCCUGAUCACAGACAGCCCAGUGUGACCGUCCUCGGCUGAGCUUAGGACUUUGAGCAGGACUUGUCAAUAACAUCGUUCAUUCCUACAGCUUUCGCCCUCUUCAGUUAGGUUACAAUGUGAUCAUUGUUAUUCCGACGGGGAUGAUUGACCUAAGACGUGGGGAGUGCGAAUUAGCGUUCUCAGUCACUGUCUCGGUGCUUUAACGCGUGAUCCUACUCCCGUCACAAAGACAUAACGUUCAAAAGCUAGUUUAGACUAAACUGACACCGCCAAACCCCCCUAACACUCGCUACUCUGCAGAGGUCUCUGUGUCGACGGCUGAGAACCACCGUGAGUGGCCGUCCCCGGAUUCAAUAUCAGCUGUUUCUGUUUCUGUUUUCUGAUCGUUUCUGUGUGUAACCACGGUGUACGCGCUCCGUUUACCUUUGGAGCCGGUGGGGUGGAGGCGGUGGGUGGGGGUCCCGGGAGCCUGGUUGGUGGGACGCGGUCCACGGCGGUUUGGUGGCCGUUGGAGCUGAAGACGUCCGCGUGAAAGCAGCGCUUACGGAAAACCUAUCAUAUGCUCUUCCAAUGUACCACUGUACAAAAAAAACUUUUCAAGAUAUGAUUCUGGGAAAUUGGAUUAUUUAUUUCUGUUAAUUUAUUUUGUCAUAUUUUUGUAAGACAUGAGAAAUAGAUAAUAAAAUAAUUUCAAAAUGUA